AUGGAUCCUGUCAGUCUGGCAGUUGGAUUUAUCGGGCUCGCUGGUUUAUUUUCGACCUGCCUUGACUUGGCCAAAAAGGUCGAUAACUACAAGCACUUCAAAAAGGAAGAACGGACUUUAGCCGCCCAAUUCACGUCUCACAGGCUCCGUUUCGAGAAAUGGGGCAAAAGUUUGGGACUGGACCGGGCAGCACUAUCACAAGACCGGCAUGAAGCUCUCGUUGAUACGGAAACAUUAGAAACUGUGCACAAAAUCAUCGACAUUAUCCACGAAAUCUUGAGUGAUCAAAAGCAGCCUCCCCCUCCAAAGCCGACUACCAAUCCAGGUCGUCUUCUUGCUAGAAGCCUGACAGAGCCAUUUCGAAUAAGUUUGGGGCCCAAAAAAGAAAAGCUCUCCUGGGCCUUGAAGGGCAAGGAGAAAAGGGCGGAUCAAGUCGAUCUGAUUGGCAAAUUGGUUCAGCACUUAUACCACCUUGUGCCCAUAGAAUCUAUCACUCGAACUACAACGGUGAACGGGAUUCAACCACCCAAUCUCACCGUCCAAGUUGAUAAGUCUUGGACAGUCGAGGUUCGCGACACUCUCCAAAAGUUGGAGGGAAAGGCCCUCGCAGAGACACGUCGGGAAUUACACGCUUGGUUAGUAAGGCAUCCUCCCAACGAGAUAUACGAGGAUGCCAUUCAAAAAAGACUUGAGGACACUUGCGAUUGGAUUUUCAAGCGUCCUGCCUUAAAUGAUUGGUUAUCUUUGCCACUGAGUCCGGGAGCACCUAGCAUUUUAUGGAUAAAUGGGCCGGCGGGAUUUGGCAAAACAAUUCUCUCCGCUUGGAUAGUCCAGCAUCUCCAGAAAUCUACCAACACUCCAGUGGCGAGCUUCUUUUUCUCAUCGGAUUUUGAGAGCCGCGACGACCCGUAUGAGGCUAUCCGAGUAUGGAUAUGGGAGGUUAUAUCGCGCAAUCAACCUGCAUUUGACCAUGUGUACGCGGAACGAGAGAAGCAGCACGAGUCAGCAGCAACCCGAACAGUUACAUUGAGCCUCUUUUCGGAUAUUGUUCGUCUUGUUCCAGGCUGUAUAUGUGUCAUUGACGGACUUGAUGAAUGUACCUGGCUGAACAAAAACAACACCAUACGAGGCGACUCUAUCAUGAGUUUCCUAGAAAAGCUUGGUGGAGCAAUUGCUGGCUCCAAUACGCGAAUCCUCAUCACUAGCAGAGACGAGCCCGCAAUUCGAUGUGGAUUUGAGAGCAUUCAAGGCACCAAAUCUGAGUACAGUAUCGUGUCCGAGGACGUCGACAGUGAUACGAAGCGGUUUGCGAGAAGUAUUGUUGAAACGAAACUGUCGAAAAAGAGCGAGUCACUUAAGAAUGGCCUCUCAGAAAAGAUGGCUGAGAAAUGCGGCGGUCAAUUUCUCUGGCUCAAAUUACAAGAGGACUCUUUGCGCAGCUGGAAGAAUGAGAAACAAUUACAAGAUGCCAUUGAGAAAACUCCCUCUGGUCUUGAUAACUUGUAUCAUAGAAACUGGGUAAGAUUAUCCCAGUUACCAAAGGACGUGAAAGAUCGCGCAUUUUGUUUACUCCGCUGGGUCACCUUCGCCAUACGACCUUUGACUGUUGCUGAGAUGGCCGAAGCUAUGCUGAUCAGCUUUGAAGACGAAGAACUGCCCGUAGAUGAGCUACCCGAUUUCAUCGAUGACGAUUACGUCAACAGCGAGAUAACAGGAGUCCUUGGGUCACUCCUAGAUAUUCGAAAAGACUCAAUGGAAUUGAACCCCGGACUUAGCACAUUACGACUCACCCAUUUCUCCGUGAAGCAAUACUUCCUUUCUCACGACGCCGUCUCCGGGGACACUCUACAAGCAAAUGAAAAGCUGAGGUCCUCGAACGAAAUGGCAGAACACACUACUUUGGCACGAUUAUGCCUUCGAUAUAUUCAUUACGAACGAGCUUGGCAGCUUCAAUACGACCAAGAGACGGGCCAAGUUCAAGGGUCUUUCAGAGAUUAUGCGGCAGGCUUUUGGGAUUGCCAUGCUCACAAUGGUAGUUUGGAGGAUGAAGUAACCCAGAAGCUAAUGGGCUCCCUAUUUGACACGUCCAAUCGCGUUUGGGAGUCUUGGAAGAACUGGUUUGAUUCAAGAGACAGGGAUAUAAUGGAAGGUUUCUUCAAUAUGAGCGAAAAUGCCGGUGAUAUGCAAACACCACAGUCACCUCCCAGCCCUGUGUAUUAUGCUUCGAGGCUUGACUUGACUCAAGUCACUAUACAGCUAUCUCGAAAACACAAAGAUCAACUAAAUGACAAAUCGUUCUUUGGAGAAACGGCCCUUGUAGCUGCAUGCCACAACGGUAACGAGGCAAUCUGCAAAGCGCUAAUUGCGGCCGGUGCCAGCGUCACAUCAGCAUCAUAUAAUGGACAAGGUCCCUUGCAUACGGCAGCUUUGAAAGGCCACAUAGGCGUAAUGCGAUUGCUUCUUGAGAACGGCGCGGAGCCUAACGCCGUGGACAAGGAAUUGGAGACUGCUCUCCAUUACGCCACUUAUGAAGGGCCUGCUGAAAUGGUUGAGCUUCUACUUCAAUACGGCGCAAACCCGUUGACUCAAAAUUCCGAAGGUGUAACUGCGCUGCACCAAGCAGCUUCACAUGGACUCAUGGAUGCUGCGGAGUUAUUAGUUCGUCAAGACGUCGAAGGGCUACACAUUACAACCGAUCUCCAACAGACGCCUUUGCAUAUUGCGGCCAUCAAAGGCAACGCAGAGCUGGCACGGCUAUUCCUAGAUUACGGAGCUGAUCUUAACGCCGUUGACGCCCAUUUGUGCACAGCUCUACUUGAUGCUGCCUCUUUCGGUUUCACCGAAGUGGUCCGCUUCCUUCUCAGUUCAAACCCUGAACUUGAUAUACAGGAUAGAUGGGGCCAAACAGCCCUAACAUGCGCUGCAAAAAAUGGACAUUCCGAGACCAUUCAGCUAUUACUGGACAGUGGCUCCGACCCUACUAUUGGCGAUGAAUUCAGUUGGUCAGCCCUACACCUCGCGGCUUUCCAGGGUGGAGUGGAUGCCGUACGUGUUCUUCUUGAGAAUGGAGUAGACAUCAUGGGAACCAGUCCCUCUGGAUACAAUCCUCUCCAUUGUGCAGCUGAAGGCGGACAAGUUGAAACAGUCAAAUUCCUUCUUAAGAGCGGCGUUGAUCUUCUAGCAGCUCAGCGCAAUAAAAGAAAAACUCCUCUAAGCGGCGCAAUUGCACUGGGUAAGCUGGAAGUGACAGAAUUGUUCCUCAACUCUGGUGUAAGCCAUAGCGCUGUAUUAGAGACCGGAUUUCCGCCUCUUAUCCUGGCAUCUCAUUGGGGUCAAAUCGAUACUUCAAAGCUCCUCCUCAGCCACGGUGCCGAUAUAGAGGGAUCAACAGCAGAUGGAGUGACGCCCCUACUGGCAGCCAUAUCAAACAAUAAAGUCGACAUGGUGCAAUUCCUUCUAGAAAUGGGCGCGGACGCGACAACCGCCGAUAACGACGGUAACACUGCACUGAGAAACGCCAUUUAUGAGGGUAAUGUUGAAAUAGUCAAGUUACUGCUCGAUAACGGCGUCGAUCUUACCGUCGGAGAUGCUCAAGGCUGGAAACCGCUCAAUCUAGCAGCACACAACGGACGUGUUGAAAUCGUCAAUCUUCUUCUUGAGAUGGGGUCCAAUAUCAGUGACACGGAUGUCGACGGCUGGACACCAUUGCAUUCAGCCGCAGAUGGAGGGUAUCUCGAUACACUUGAUCUCUUCUUGAGUAGAGGGAUCUCACCGGCUGCCUUGGAUUAUAUUGGCAGAACAGCUUUGCACGUAGCCUGUCUAAAAGGCCACAAAGAGGUCAUUAAGGCGCUGCUCGACCUAUCUAACCCAGACGAAGUCAACCGUUCCGAUGCCCAUCAACGCACACCCUUCUUCUAUGCGGCUAUGCGUGGCCAUCACCAUGUGUUGGAACUUCUUCUCUCAAAGACUGCUAAAAUCCAUUCAAAAGACUUUUAUGGCUCUACGGCGCUCUUUGCUGCUGUACGGAAUGCGCAUGAGGAGGUGGUCGAUCAGUUAUUGGCAUGCAGUGGAGGAAUACCCUUUGAUUCAAAGGACGCUUUUGGUAAAACUGUUUUCGAUUGGGCACGCGAGAGCAACAAUGUCCGAGUCAUUGAGGUUCUCAGUCAGUUUAACAAAAAUGUUAAAACUGCGGCUGGAUCUGACUCCGUUCUUGAACAGACUUGGACACAUCAGGUCUUUGACAGCGAGGCGUAUUGGUGUGACGUCUGUACCCGUUGCAUCAGUGGGGAUUAUUUUGAGUGCUCAUGUACCGGUGAGUUUAUUGCUUGUCAAGAGUGCGUUGCAAUGGGUGCGAGAUGCUUAGAUGAAUCACACGUAUGGAAAAUCGCAAAGGCAGACUCUUCAAGUGAGGAAGAUAACUGA